CAACCAGAGGUGGUUCCUCCUUCGAAGGAAUGAGGAACCAUAAAUGCAGCGCACACAGCCUGCCUUGACACGAACGCCCCGCGGCCGAUGGGUAAAAUGCAAAUGAAGCACACACACACUUUGCUGCAACACGUUUCGCGAUCCGAUGCCACAUACUGGAUUUGAUCAACUGACCAUAAUCUGAGCGCAGGACUCUAUCGCCAUGGCAACGGUGGACGUGAAGACGCUCACGGCACCCGUGGGCAUCGUGCGGCUGCUGGAGGUGGUUUUCACCUGCGUCACCUUCAGCCUGGCGGCGUCGGCGACCACCGCCUUCUGGGUGUGGUGCAUGUUCUCGUGGGGCUUCUGCUUCUCCAUCACCUUCCUCGUGCUCCUGCUGGAGCUCAUCAGGGUCCACGCGAAGCUGCCCAUCUCCUGGACCGACUUCACCACGGCUUUCGCCAUGUUGGCCACACUAAUGGUUCUGGCAGCCUCCAUCAUCUUUCCCGUCUCAAUCAACUGUUCCACCUGUGGCAGGCAGAUUGGAGCCACCAUCACCUCCAUCUUGGCCUUCAUCCUGUACGCCGUGGAGGUCGGGUUGACCCGGGCCAAAACAGGAGAACUCAGCGGCUUCCUGUCCACAGUCCCGGGACUCCUCAAGGUCCUGGAGGCCUUCGUGGCCUGCAUCAUCUUCAUCUGCUUGGGCAACAUCGACUAUUAUGUGAUUCCAUGGCUCCAGUGGUGCGUCACCGUCUACUCCAUCUGCUUCAUCUUCACGCUGCUCGUCAUCAUUCUCACCAUCUUCCGCCUCCUUGCUCUCUCUGCACCGUUGAAGAAGGUCCUGACGUGCUGCAAUGUGCUGGCAGUGUUGAUGUACAUGACAGCUGUGGUCGCCUGGCCGCUGUACAGCAUCAGGAACACCCCCAGACCCAGCCCCUGCCCACGUUUCUGUCUUUGGGAUAAUUUAGUGGUCAUCACCUUCAUGACCGGCUUUAACCUCAUUGCUUACAUCAUAGAUACGGUUUAUUUGAUUAGAGACAUUGUUGUUAUGAGCAUGAGCGUGAGUAUAUAGAGCGAGCAGCAGCCUCUACUGACUGUUACUGCUGCGCCCGCAUCCACUGUAGGGAAAUAUCAACAGCCAUGUAUUUUUCUCUUACUGGGCUGUUCAGAUUUAAUACUUUUAGAUUUCAUGGGGCCCUGAUCUUGGUCAAUGUUGUGGAUAUUCGCCGAUCCAGAUGUUUCCUGGUUUCCACCCAGUCCUGAGCCACAUGUGCUGCUGAGCCACAUGUGCUGCUGAGCCACCGCUCCUCUGCCGCCCUCUGCCGAGCGUGUCACUGACCUGGAAAACCAACCUUAAGUAAAUAAAAAUAAAUAAGAGCAGCAAAGCGCCUCGAGGAGGAUGCGUCUCCGAUCCCAAACGCUCGUCGCCGUGGGAACAGCUUGACCUUUUGACCCCCAAUUGUGCCUCUUUAGCCCAGUUUUGAGUGAGACAAACUGUAAAUUUCAGCUGGAACGGGUUCUGAAUUUAGCCUUCCCAGAUGACUUGGUGACCAUGUCUUCAUUGUGGGAACAUCGUGACCUUGUAAACCAGGGAUCCUUUCUGUCCAUACAAUAGAACACAUGGCAGCUGACGGCUGCUUGAUGAUCAGGUCCUUGUAACAACAGUAUCACCAGUUAUUAAGUCUGGCCUUUUUGCUUCUUCGCAGGUUUCCUGGGGGGUGUUUUGUGUUUUUGUUGGGAUUUACUGACUUGAACAUUUCAGCUCAGCUUGUAGGACUUUAAGGAUUAUACUUGGACAGUACUUAGUCAGUAUUUCUGUUUCUUACCAUUUGGGUCCAGAACAAACAAACUCAUCAAUCUCUGAUAUGAACGACUGGACAGACAAACGCCACCUGAUGGAUUAUGACGUUAUUUGGUUCACGUUCAUGUUCCCCCUCAGUUUGUCUUCAUUACUUAACCUCGUACCCAUAACUAUCUUCUUCCACCCAAUGAACGCGUCCUUUCCUUAAUUAAGUGGCUCGGUUGUGUUUUUGGGGUGUGUACUUUGAUUGGGGCCUUGUGCCUUUGGUGCUGCAUGAGUGUGUGCUACAUCAUUAAGGGGGUGGGGGCUGAGAUGACCCUCAACAGAGACUUAGUUCCAUGCACUGUGAAUACGUUUUGUCAGAUUCUGUAAAUAAAUGGGGCACAGACAAAUGUU